GCUUUACAUCUCCCUUUUCUAACUGCGCAUCGGGAUAUCCGCUCCGAGAGAAAGAGAGAGAGAGAUGGCGGUGGCGGAGGCUUGGGAGACGGCGAAGAAGGCGAUCGAGGCGUACACAGGCCUGUCGCCGGCGAUGUUCUUCACGGUGCUGGCGAUAGCCUGGGCGCUUUACCACUUGGUGGCGGGGUUCCUGGCGCCGCCGCCGCCGCCUCCGUCUAGGAAGCGGGAAGAGGAGACCCUGCUGCCCCCCGUCCAGCUCGGGGAGAUCACCGAGGAGGAGCUCCGCGACUACGAUGGAUCCGAUCCCAAGAAGCCGCUCCUCAUGGCCAUCAAGAGCCAGAUCUAUGACGUCACCCAGAGCAGGAUUUUCUAUGGACCUGGCGGACCUUAUGCUUUGUUUGCAGGCAAAGAUGCAAGCCGAGCAUUGGCAAAAAUGUCUUUCGAACCAAAAGAUCUAACCAGCGAUCUCUCCGGCCUCGGCCCUUUCGAGCUCGAGGCCUUGCAGGAUUGGGAAUACAAAUUCAUGAGUAAAUAUGCGAAAGUUGGGACAGUCAAGAAGACUGUCGCUGCGACUGAUUCCUCUGGCUGUGGUCCCUCUGGAGUAACAGAAAAUAGCACCCUGGAGGAUGAAUCUACCACCGAAACUGCUGGGAGUCGAGAGUUCCGUGCUAAAACCAACGAUGAUGGUAACACCGGCCACGAUCAAGAUGCCGAGCCAACAGGGAAGGAUGUGAAACCAGUGGAUCCAGCAGAUGCAAACGAGAAUUCUCCAGACGACGGUAAGGUAGAGUCGAAAGAAAUUGGUAGUAGCAAGGACUCGAAAGAGUGACUCCGUUUAUCCUCUCGUCGGCAUUAGACAAGUUACCGAAUUUCUUAGCCAAGCAGUUGUUCUUAUUACAGAAACUGGCAUGUUUUACGUAUGCACUGCAAUAUGCGAAUAAACGUCGUUUGUGUUUUCCUCUA